CGACAGCACGAGCCUAUUACCCAGCCAUUACCAGAUGAAAACCCUCCACCCCGCACACAUUGCUCUUUUCUCACCCACCCCGUGCCCCCGUCCAGUACUGCACAGCAGCUGCUCGGGGAGCAACAGGCGGGCUCGUGGAUUCUCUUUACGUACCUCCAUCCUCUUGGGUGCUAGGUCGGUCGGCAGCUAUUAUGUUUCGAAUUUGCCCAUUGGCCCGCCAGCGCGGUCCGCCCGACUCCACUGCGCCUGGGGGCUCAUGGGUGGCCAUCAAUCCGGCGGUCGGUUCCAGUUGAUGACAGCGACAGCACGGCACCUGCGAAAGCCGCUGUGGCAGGCCUACCAGUGCCCGUUUGCGGCGGGCAGUCGCCUUAGUCAUCAGCUGUCCAGGACUCCUGCGGUCCACUGCGCGCAACUGUCGUUUCCGCGGUUGAGGUGCCCGCCCACCUGAGAUGACAGAACACUACAGUGGUGCAAGCGCUGCCGCCGCCGCCGCCGCCGCCAUCCCCCGUGCAUGCGCGAGCAGGCGCCGAAAUCCAAACGCGGGCUCCAACGGGUGACAGAGCCGGACGUCGGCGGGCAGCCGCCGCCCACGGCCUGGCACGGCUCUCCAACUUUACCUCACGCUACGGAGUACUUCGUAGCUACGUACCCGAUUUCCUCCCGCGCCCGCGCCCACACUUCCUCUCUUUCUCUUUCCUCUCCUCUCCCACCCCACGACAAAUCCUAUUCCUCGUCAACACUCCCCGUGCAACCCCACGACUCUUCGUCGUCGUCGCUUCCGCUCGCACGCCCUCUCCGCUCUUCUCACAGGCCCCCUUCUUCGCCCGCAAUGGCCGCAUCGAUUGUCUGCUCGUCCCUGCGCGCGGCCGCCCGGCCCGCCGCCAUGCGCCUCGCCGCCCCCUGCCGCGCCGCUGCCGCGGCUACGCCGUUCCGCCGCUUCACCACCUCCCGCAUGAGCCUCGUCCGCAAGUACACCAAGGACCACGAGUGGGUGGACCUGUCGGCCGACGGCAAGACGGGCGUCAUCGGCAUCUCGACGUACGCGGCCGAGCAGCUCGGCGACGUGGUCUACGUGGAGCUGCCCGAGGCCCCCGCCUCCGACUUCGUCGACCAGGGCGACGCCAUCGGCGCCGUCGAGUCGGUCAAGAGCGCCUCGGACAUCAACGCCCCCGUCCGCUGCAAGGUCGUCGCCGCCAACCAGCUGCUCGAAGAGAAGCCCGCCACCAUCAACCAGGUCCCCGAGGACGACAGCAACGGCGGCGGCUGGAUCGUCCGCGUCGAGGUCGACGAGGAGGGCGCCCGGCAGGUCGGCGAGCUGAUGGAUGCCGAGGCCUACAAGGCGUUUAUCGAGGAGUAGACGAGGCGAAAAAAGAGCCGAAGUCGAUGGCUAUAGCCCGGCGUGGUUGCGGCGGCGGCGGCGGCGGCGGUGGCGGUGGUAGUGGUGCUCCUGCUACUGCUGCCGCCACUGCCGUCGCUGUUCCGUCUUUGUCUUUAUUGCUAGAUCAUGUAGGGGAAGCACGCCCCAUGCGGGUGCCUACACAUACACACACACAAAAAUGUUUUGGACAGUUUGUUUGGAGGCCCGAGGGUUCAUCGUGGCUUCGGGCGCGCGAGAGGGGCGCAGGCAGUUCAACCUGGCGGGGAGCGACGGGCAUUACGCACACACACACACACCCAUACAUACAUAUCCCGUGUACCAUACCAUACCGUGGUGGCUCGAUUUUAUCUUUAACAUAGGGAGUCGAGGCGAACGAUGCCAGUGGUUUUGGACUGACGUAUUUGUGACUUCACAUCGCUCGCUGUUGUGAAAAUGGGGGCUCUGCUGCGAAACGAGACAAGUGCUCGGCAGGGCUGCACUCGGCACACAAACCUCUGGCGCAGUCCAUGGCACCGGCCUCGGGGAUCGGACCACGGCAAGGAUAGACUGGGAAACAGGGAAAUAGUAGCACGUGUCGCCUGCUAGGGCCGGCAAAAAGUCGACAAUGCUUUUUGGAUCGUCGUCUAUAGAGUACAGGUCAUGGCGCGCAUUCGGCCGUCAUAUAGCGUCAUUCUUUGUCCCUCAACUGUCCACACACAGCCCAUCAUCAUCACGCCGCCUUCUCGAGCGGCCGCUUGGCGUUGAUGACAUCCAGGAUCUUGUCCGCACCACGGCUCACCAG